UAAAUAUACCUCUAAUUUACAUCUUUCUCUCAUCAUCCAAACAGUUGUUCAAUAGCUUCUUGCAAAGAAAAUGGCAAUGCGGACAAGUUUGUUAGGCGUCCUUGCCUUUGGUUUUCUUUGUUUCAUUUGUCUACCUGCUGAGGCUGCCCUUAAGAAAUAUCAAUUUGAUGUUAAAGUGUCAAAUGUGAGCAGAUUGUGCCAUGCAAAACAAAUGGUUACAGUUAAUGGAGGAUUUCCGGGGCCAACUAUAUAUGCUAGAGAAGGAGAUAGAGUUCAAAUCAAUGUUACUAACUAUGCACAAUAUAACUUGUCCAUUCAUUGGCAUGGUUUGAAACAAUAUCGCAAUGGUUGGGCAGAUGGUCCAGCUUACAUAACUCAGUGCCCUAUCCAGACAGGAAAUAGCUAUGUUUAUGACUUCAAUGUAACAGGACAAAGAGGUACCUUAUGGUGGCAUGCACAUAUUCUUUGGCUAAGGGCAACUGUCUAUGGUGCAAUAGUGAUCAUGCCACAACAAGGAACUCCCUUCCCUUUUCCUCAACCAGAUAGGGAAGAAGUACUUGUACUAGGAGAAUGGUGGAAUGCUGAUGUUGAACAAGUUGAGAAACAAGGAAAUGCAUUAGGUUUACCUCCUAAUAUGUCUGAUGCUCACACGAUCAACGGAAAGCCUGGGCCUCUUUUUCCAUGUUCUGAGAAACAUACUUUUGCCAUGGAAGUUGACAAAGGAAAGACAUACCUGUUGAGAAUUAUCAACGCUGCUCUCAAUGAUGAGCUCUUUUUUGCCCUGGCUAAUCAUACCUUCACAGUGGUAGAAAUUGAUGCAGUCUACACGAAACCAUUUACCACAGACUCCAUUCUGAUUGCACCAGGCCAGACUACAAAUGUUCUGGUUCGUGCCAACCAACUUCCAGGAAGAUACUUCAUGGCUGCAAGGGCCUUCAUGGAUGCUCCAAUCAGUGUGGAUAACAAGACUGCCACUGCUAUAUUCCAGUACAAGGGAAUCCCAGAAACCGUGAUUCCAAAACUUCCUACUUUGCCUGCACAAAAUGACUCAGACUUUGCUUUGAGCUAUAACUCUAAACUCAAAAGCUUAAAUACUCCCAAAUAUCCAGCAAACGUUCCCCUAAAUGUUGAUCGACACCUCUUUUUAACAAUUGGCCUUGGGAGAAAUCCUUGUCCCACCUGUCUAAAUGGAACUAGGCUAACAGCUUCUUUGAACAACAUUUCCUUCAUCAUGCCAGAAACUGCACUUCUUCAGUCUCAUUACUUCAACAUUAAGGGUGUAUACACUCCAGAUUUCCCAGACAAACCACCUACUCCAUUCAAUUUUACAGGGGCACCCCUUACAGCCAACCUAAGGACAAAUGUAGGCACAAGGAUCAGUAAAAUUGCUUUCAAUUCCACUGUUGAAAUAGUAAUCCAAGACACCAACUUGUUAUCAGUGGAAUCACAUCCUUUCCAUCUCCAUGGCUACAAUUUCUUUGUGGUUGGAACUGGCAUUGGAAACUUUAACCCCAAAAAAGAUCCAGCAAAAUACAACUUGAAUGAUCCUAUAGAAAGAAAUACUGUAGGUGUUCCAACUGGUGGUUGGACUGCUAUUCGAUUCAGGGCUGAUAAUCCAGGGGUCUGGUUCUUCCAUUGUCAUCUGGAGUUGCACACAGGCUGGGGACUGAAAACAGCAUUUUUAGUGGAAAAUGGACCAGGAUUAGAUCAUAGUAUUCUGCCUCCACCAAAGGACCUUCCAUCAUGCUAA